AUGGAUAUCACGAUUGACCCUUCCCACGUCUUUGCAUACAACAAAUUAGUCGACCCAAGAACGCACCUCCGCCUGAUCAGCUUGGAAGGCCAUGACAAAACCACGCAAAUCGUUACAGUAUCUAUAAUCACCGUACCGACACAUGAUGUACCACACUACCAUGCAGUUUCUUACACGUGGGGGGAGCGCACAAGCGGAGAGCAGAUCUGGAUGAACGGGGAUAGAGCCGGGCAUCUGCACGUACAAGCCAACUGCGCGACUGUCCUACGGCAGCUGCAUCACUUCUCCACAUCCGAAUACUAUUGGAUCGACGCUAUAUGCAUCAACCAGAGCGACACAGAGGAGAAGGAAUGCCAAGUAGCAAUGAUGGGUUGGAUCUUCAUGCACGCCGAGUGCGUCCUGGCCUGUGUCGGG